GCACACAUAUUAAAAUAAACAUGUACAGUGGUCAAUCUUUCCAACAAGGUACUGGACAAACUUAUCAAAAUAUGCAUUUUAACACGUACUAUCCGAUAAAUCAGCAACCAUUUCCAUACAAUGUAAAUUACGGUGGGAAUAUAUGUUAUGUUUAUCCAAGCCAUGUAACAUGUGAUAACAGUACUGUUAAUAAUGCAACGUCAAUCGAUAGAAUAAGAACAAGACAAGAAGAUGAAAAGGUCUUUGAACAGUUCCUCAAAGAAACAGGUUCAGCAGUUCCUGCCAAAUGCAAACAGAAAGAUCCGUAUAAGAUCGCGGACACUAAGAGUGCAUUGAUGUCCGUAGCUAGAUUGAAUAAACAACUUGAAGCUGUUUGCGUGGAACUUAAGAACAAUCUUAAUUUACCGGAAGAGAAAUGGCAGGAGAAGGUCAGUGCCUGUAAUGCUGCAAAACAUGAAAUCUGCGAAAUCUUAAAAACUAUAAAAAAUGUGAACUUUUUAAAUAAAGUUAAGAACAAUUUAGAGAAACGUAAGAAGAAACGUAUGAGAGAACGACUCAGAAGGGAAGAAUGGAAAAAGGAGAAGUUAUUGAAGGAAGAAAGAAGAGCAAGAUUACAUGCAGAAGCAGAUGCGUGGAUCCGAAAAGAGCAGGCGGUAAUUGAGCGAGAGAAGCAAGAGAAGAACUUACGCAAAGACGCGGAUAUGGUUUUAUCCGAUGUUCGAAGCAAGAGAAACGAUGCACGAAAGUAUCUAGGGAUUUUACAAGAACUACAGAACUUACGAGAGAUCAAGGCGAAUAUUGCUCGAGCGAGGGGCGAGAAAUUGUCCUUAGCAGCCGAGAAUGUCUUCAAUAAUACCAUCGCUAAAUUAAUAGAACAGUGGACUACUUUGGAUCGCGAGUACGCAAUAGAAGAACAGGAAUUGAAAUUAAUGCUAAAAACGGAUAACGAAAAAAGGAUCGAAAAACAAACGAAAAAUUUAUUCGACGAUUGGGAAAAUGUGCUAUUUGGGACAAGUAUAUUGGCUGCUGAACAAUCCUAUAAAAAUAUGGAUAGUUUUGUCAUGAUUCGUAAAGCCUGGGAUAAGUUCAUCAGUUCAGAAAAUGAUACGACAACGAUUCCAAUUGGAUGGAUAGUGCCUGAAAGACCAUCUUCUGCUGCUUGGCAAAAAUGUCUCAAUAAGGAAACUUCUUGAAAUAACAGGUAAAGAAGACGUUUCAGC